AUGUAGUUACCUCUAUCAGUUAAUAAACUCAAAUGGACAUCAUCUCAGGACAAUCUAUGUUUCUCCUCUUCUGUUUCAUUUUAUCAUGUUUUCUUUUCUUCACCACCGCAAGAUCCCGCCGGAGCCUUAGUCUAGUAUCCAUAUCACCUCCGGGACCUCCACGGUUACCCAUAAUCGGAAACAUCCAUCUAGUCGGAAAGAAUCCACACCACUCGUUCACGAACCUCUCGAAAACAUAUGGACCAGUCAUGAGUCUUAAGCUUGGAUGUUUAAACUCAGUGGUCAUAGCAUCAAGAGACGCAGCAAGAGAAGUACUAAGAACACAGGACCUAAUCUUGUCUGCACGGUACAUAAGUGAAGCAACACGAUCCAACAAUCAUCAUGAAUUUUCCGUUGGUUGGCUUCACCCGUCAUCUCCUCGUUUCAGAAUGUUGAGGAGAUUAUCGGUUGCUCAGCUGUUCUCACCGCAGCGUAUCGAGGCUACCAAAGAUUUGAGGAUGAAGAAGGUGCAAGAACUUGUCAACUUCAUGAGUAAAAGCAGCGAGAAAGAAGAAGCUCUUGAUAUUUCUCGUGCAUCCUUCAUCACAUCUCUCAAUAUCAUAUCGAAUAUUUUGUUUUCAGUCAAUCUCGGUAGCUACGAUUCGAAAGAUCCCAGUGCGUUUCAGGAGAUGGUGACUGGUUACCAGGAUUCCCUCGGGAACCCAGACCUUGCUAACUUCUUCCCAUUUUUGAGGUUUCUUGACUUGCAAGGCAAUAUUAAGAAGAUGAAGGGGUGCUCAGAUAGCUUGUUUCAGGUAUUUAGAGGGUUUUAUGAUGCUCGGAUUAUCGAAAACUCAUCGCGUACAUAUGAGAAAAAUGUUUCGAGCAGAGACUUCCUGGAUGCGCUUAUCGAUCUCCAACAAGCAGAUGAACCUGAAAUCAACAUUGACGAGAUCGAACAUCUACUUCUUGAUCUGUUUGUAGCGGGCACGGAUACAAACUCUAGUACCGUGGAAUGGGCAAUGGCAGAGUUACUUCGAAACCCGAAAACGAUGACAAAAGUUCAAGACGAGAUCAAUCAUGUGAUAGGGCAAAACGGCGACUUCCAAGAGUCUGAUAUCUCAAAAUUGCCGUAUUUACAAGCGGUCAUUAAAGAAACAUUCCGAUUACACCCGGCUGCUCCAUUUCUCCUCCCAAGAAUUGCCGAAACCGACGUAGAGAUUCUUGGAUUCCAUGUGCUUAAAGAUUCUCAGGUUCUUGUGAACGUCUGGGCCAUUGGAAGAGACCCAAAUUUGUGGGAAAAUCCUACUCAAUUUGAGCCAGAGAGGUUUUUAGGGAAAGAGAUUGAUGUAAAAGGUACUGAUUAUAGCUCACCGUUUGGGGCAGGGUGUAGGAUUUGUCCGGGACUGCCUUUGGCUUUGAUAACUGUGAAGCUCAUGCUUGCUUCUCUUCUCCAUGCCUUUGAGUGGAAGCUUCCAAACGGUGUCGGUUCUGAGGAUUUGGACAUGGAAGAGACCUUUGGUCUUACACUGCACAAGACCAACCCGUUACUUGCCGUGCCUGUGAAGAAAGGUCCCAUAAAUUAAUACUUGGUGUUAUGUUAAUUUUGAAUAUAAUAAUUUCACAAAGAUACCAAUAACACCCUAUCAUUAGAAUAAAACUUAUAUCAAAAGCUCUGUUUAUUUUUUUUUUUUUUGUUUUUUUUUUUGUAUUUUGCUGGCGUUUAGACUCUAAUUUACAGUAAACCAAAUAAAAAUAGGGUUGGCUUCUAAACCACGCCCCUGGUUGUGG